AUGCCAUGCUUUCGCUCCUGGCCCUGCUCUCUUGCUGGUCUCCGCGCGCCUCGCCUUGAUGUCUCCACUGACUCUCCUCUCUUCCCGCCCGCUCCCACCGCCGAGCCGGCGAGUGGUGACUCCUCUCCCAAUCUCCUCGGCAUGUCUCGUACGAUUGACGCCUCGCCGGGGAUCGUGACCAUUCCUCCUUUCCCCUUCCUUGCUGCCGAUGGCCAGGCGGUGAGCGAGAAUCCGUGCUUCGUCUUCCCCCAGGCGCCAGCUGUCGAUCGGCCGAGCGCACCUCGCUCUUCUGUCUUCCUCCCCGCGGCUGCACCCUGUCGCCAUGCCGCUCCAUUCUUGGCUGGGAUCCCCUGGGCGAGCGCGAGCCUCCAUCUCGCUGCCCCGCCCGCCGUCAUUGGCCUUCUGGCGUUCGCGAGUGCUCAGCUUCUCCUCCUCCGCGCGAUCUCCGCAUCUGCGAUGUGCACGCCUCUUCCUCUCGAUUCUGGCGCUCCUGCUGCAGCGCGUCGCAUGAGCGGUGUCCUCCCAGGCGGUCGAGACCUUCCGCGCGGAUCUCUUUCGCGCGCACCUCAUCCCCUUCCUCUUCUGCUGCCUCGGCUGAGUCGGCGGCUUCGCAGGUCGGUGCGUAUUUCUCCUCCUCGGCUCCGACUGGGACGUGAUGGUCCCCGCCCGCCUGUUUGUAGACGUGCUCCUGCUCGUCCUCCUUGUCCGUUGCUUCGUCCUCAUGCAUCUCCUCCCACGUCCGGUCGGCCAGUGAAGCUUCCUCGGCUCUGCUGA